UGUUGUUGUUUGUUUCUCAAAGGGGAUGCGGGUACUGGUGGAUGCCCGAGACAAACUUGGCAUUCCCUGGCAGAACUCUGAGAACGAGAAGCACGGCAUGUUUGUUAUGUCCUUUGAAAAUAAAGCAGGCAUGCCUGUCGAACCCUGCACCUUUCAGCUGUACGUCCCAGCCCUGCAGGCACUCUGGAAUGAUAGUGGCAUUCAAGAAGCCUACGGCCGACGGAGUGAGUUUCAGCUGAGUGAAUCAGUUAAAUAUUUCCUGGACAACUUGGAUUGGAUUGGACAACUGAAUUAUGUACCGAGCCGACAGGACAUCCUGUUGGCCAGGAAGGCCACCAAGGGAAUUGUGGAGCAUGAUUUUGUCAUUAAGAAGAUCCCUUUUAAGAUGGUAGAUGUGGGCGGCCAGCGCUCUCAGAGACAGAAAUGGUUUCAGUGCUUUGACGGCAUCACCUCCAUCCUCUUCAUGGUGUCCUCCAGCGAGUACGACCAGGUGCUGAUGGAAGACCGCCACACCAACCGUUUGGUGGAGUCCAUGAACAUCUUUGAGACCAUAGUCAACAACAAGCUCUUUUCCAAUGUGUCCAUAAUCCUCUUCCUCAACAAGAUGGACCUUCUGGUGGAGAAGGUACGCCAAGUCAACAUUAGCAAAUACUUUUCCGACUUCAGAGGAGACCCUCACCGACUGGAGGACGUGCAGGCCUAUCUUGUGCAAAGCUUCAACCGCAAACGUCGCAACCGCAGCAAGCCACUUUUCCACCACUUCACCACUGCCAUUGACACUGAGAACAUUCGCUUCGUCUUUCAUGCCGUCAAAGACACAAUUCUUCAGGAGAACCUUAAAGACAUAAUGUUGCAGUGACUUUACAGUAAUUUUUUUUAAUCAGUUUUGCCGUUGUUUGAGUCUGUUUCCCAUCCAAUUGCAGGGGGAAAAAAUGCCUUCUGGGUAUCGUUUGAACCUAUUUUGCCUUGACAACUGUGCAGGAGAAACAUCAUGUGUCAGUUAAUCAUGUACUCCAAUAUCCAGUCCUUUAUAUUUGAGACAUGGUGUAUAAAAAUGACAUGAAUCUCUCUGUCCUCAUUCAUUUUAAUGUGUUUUAAAACUCCGUGGAUGGUAGAAAAGUCAAGGAAAUUUAAGGGUAUUACAGUUUGUCACAAAGAAAAUGAAGCAGACUGAUAAUUAAUCACCACAGAGAAUUUUCACCUCUUUUCUCAAGGAUAUCUCAAUGCACAAUAACGUUACACUGGCUCAUUUCCCAAAUAACAUCCUAAAUAUCAAUAGCAAACCUGCACUGAACAAAGUAAUUAACAAGUAGUUAAUUUCAUGUCACUAAACAGGUUUAUUUUUAUUUAAUCUAACAUUUAAAUCAUAUUUUGCUUCUUCUAUACUUGUGAGUUUAUAGAUGACAUGCAAAAUUCUCAUUAACAACUUAGCAGGGUUUGUGAAUAGCAGCUUUUGUACGUUACCUGUCUUUUCUGCUUUUUAUGUGUUUGUGCAUUGAAGUAUAGAGUAGGGUCAAAUCACUGGUAAUGCCUAACACCACUAACUUAAAUAAUGCAUUAAUGGUAUUCUUUAAAUGUCAUUGUACAGCAAAUGUACUUUAUGAGUAUUCAUAUGAUGUAAAUCCUCUCGAAAUGUAUGUAACCUGUGUAGUUUAUGACUUAACAAGGAGAUUCCAGAGGGAGUCAACCCGAUGCUGUUUGGGGACUGAGUUUUAUUCUCUGGAUCUUGAUGAAUGUGAACAGCUCGGGGGCUUUUGGUUUUAGGUAAUAGUUGUUGGAGGUGGCACAGUUUGGUCCAUUUUCCAGAGAUCUGGUUUUGUCAUCAGUCACUGACUCCCAUUCUCCUCGGAGGACCAGCUGUUUAAAUAACAGUGCAGGUGUCCACUUGUUUUGUGUGAAGGGAAAACUUAAGAUAAGCUAUCAAAUAGUUUUCAAGUUUUAACAAGAGCAUCAAGCCCUUUUCUUGCAUUCUUUCUUGUUUGUGGACUACAAUGGAAACUGUGACACAUUUCUUGCAAAACAGCAUUAACAAUGUCUCUCUGCGCCCUAAAUGUAUUUAAAUUCUGUCCUUCCUCAUAAUCACUGCAGUGCCAUGUUGGCUUACUGAAAUUUGGCAGGAACUGAGAUAUUAGACACACCCUAAACCUUUGUCCAUGACAGCUCUUCCUGGUGGGAGCAAAACAUGCAUUUUCUGGCAGAUCUCUGACUCCUCUUGUGCACAUAAAGAAACCGAUUCUUUAAAUUAAGGCUGUGUUUGUCCUUGUUUCCUCUUUUAAGACCAUAAAUCCAUUGGGAGAGUUUGAAAGUUAAACAGUGGAAAAGAAACACAGACACAGUAUGAAGGCUGUUAUAACCCCCAAUCAAGAUAAGCAAAUGGCACGUAAUUAAUCUGAUAUAAAUUAGAUUUGGAAAAUGAUAAUCAAAGAAACUAUUUCUAAACUAUUACUUUGUAAUUUACGUUACAUUUGCUGCUCUGGUGUUUUGUCCCUUCCAGGAUCUUAUGAGUGUCACUAUUAACAGAAUUUCUACAUCAACACUCUUUCAGUGUUUUACUGUACUUUUUUUCAACUUUUGCUUCCCUAAAGUUGUAUGUGUCCAGUGAUUGUAAAAAGUGUGAAAUUCCAGAUUUUAACUUCAUUAUGUGUGUUUUGUAUAUAUGACCUGUAUAAAUGCAAUAAAAUGUUGAGUUAUA